CGGCCCGAGCUCUGGCUGCUGCUGUGGGCAGCCGCGUGGCGCCUGGGUGCCACGGCGUGCCCCGCCCUCUGCACCUGCACCGGCACCACGGUGGACUGCCACGGCACGGGGCUGCAGGCCAUCCCCAAGAACAUCCCACGGAACACCGAGCGCCUGGAACUCAAUGGCAACAACAUCACUCGGAUCCAUAAGAAUGACUUUGCGGGGCUCAAGCAGCUGCGGGUGCUGCAGCUGAUGGAGAACCAGAUCGGAGCAGUGGAACGGGGGGCUUUCGACGACAUGAAGGAGCUGGAGCGGCUACGACUCAACCGGAACCAGCUGCACGUGUUACCGGAACUGCUGUUCCAGAACAACCAGGCUCUGUCGAGACUGGACUUGAGUGAGAACGCCAUCCAGGCCAUCCCCAGGAAAGCUUUCCGUGGAGCCACAGACCUCAAAAACUUACAGCUGGACAAGAACCAGAUCAGCUGCAUUGAGGAAGGGGCCUUCCGGGCUCUGCGGGGGCUGGAGGUGCUGACCCUGAACAACAACAACAUCACCACCAUUCCUGUGUCCAGCUUCAACCACAUGCCCAAGCUACGGACCUUCCGCCUGCACUCCAACCACCUGUUCUGCGACUGCCACCUGGCCUGGCUUUCGCAGUGGCUCAGGCAGCGGCCAACCAUCGGGCUCUUCACCCAGUGCUCGGGCCCUGCCAGCCUGCGUGGCCUCAAUGUGGCCGAGGUCCAGAAGAGUGAGUUCAGCUGCUCAGGCCAGGGGGAGGCGGGGCGCGUGCCUUCCUGCACCCUCUCCUCCGGCUCCUGCCCGGCCAUGUGCACCUGCAGCAACGGCAUCGUGGACUGUCGGGGCAAAGGCCUCACUGCCAUCCCCGCCAACCUGCCUGAGACCAUGACGGAGAUCCGCCUGGAGCUCAACGGAAUCAAGUCCAUCCCCCCAGGAGCCUUCUCUCCCUACAGGAAGCUGCGGCGGAUAGAUCUGAGCAACAACCAGAUCGCAGAGAUCGCGCCCGACGCGUUCCAGGGCCUCCGCUCCCUGAACUCCCUGGUCCUCUAUGGGAACAAGAUCACAGACCUCCCCCGUGGUGUGUUUGGAGGCCUGUAUACCCUACAGCUUCUGCUCCUGAAUGCCAACAAGAUCAACUGCAUCCGGCCUGACGCCUUCCAGGACCUGCAGAACCUCUCGCUGCUCUCCCUGUAUGACAACAAGAUCCAGGGUCUCGCCAAGGGCACCUUCACCUCCCUGCGGGCCAUCCAGACCCUGCAUCUGGCCCAGAACCCUUUCAUCUGCGACUGUAACCUCAAGUGGCUGGCUGACUUCCUGCGCUCCAAUCCCAUCGAGACGAGCGGAGCCCGCUGUGCCAGCCCCUGGCGCCUCGCCAACAAGCGCAUCGGGCAGAUCAAGAGCAAGAAAUUCCGGUGCUCAGCCAAAGAGCAGUACUUCAUUCCAGGCACGGAGGAUUACCAGCUGAACAGCGAGUGCAACAGCGACGUCGUCUGUCCCCACAAGUGCCGCUGUGAGGCCAGCGUGGUGGAAUGCUCCAGCCUGAGGCUUGCCAAGAUCCCCGAGCGCAUCCCCCAGUCCACGGCCGAGCUACGGCUGAACAAUAAUGAGAUCUCCAUCCUGGAGGCCACUGGGAUGUUUAAAAAACUUACGCAUCUGAAGAAAAUCAACCUGAGCAACAACAAAGUGACAGAAAUCGAAGAUGGGGCCUUUGAGGGGGCAGCUUCUGUCAGCGAGCUGCACCUGACCGCCAACCAGCUGGAGUCCAUCCGGAGUGGCAUGUUCCGGGGCCUGGAUGGCUUGAGGACCCUGAUGCUGAGGAACAACCGCAUCAGCUGCAUCCACAACGACAGCUUCACAGGCCUGCGCAACGUCCGGCUGCUCUCGCUGUACGACAAUCAGAUCACCACCAUCUCGCCCGGAGCCUUCGACACCCUGCAGUCCCUUUCCACGCUAAACCUCCUGGCCAACCCUUUCAACUGCAACUGCCAGCUGGCCUGGCUGGGUGACUGGCUGCGAAAGAGGAAGAUUGUGACAGGGAACCCACGGUGCCAGAAUCCAGACUUCCUGCGGCAGAUUCCUCUGCAGGACGUGGCCUUCCCUGACUUCAGGUGUGAGGAAGGCCAGGAGGAGGGGGGCUGCCUGCCCCGCCCGCAGUGCCCCCAGGAGUGUGCCUGCCUGGACACUGUGGUCCGAUGCAGCAACAAGCACCUCCGGACCCUGCCCAAGGGCAUCCCCAAGAACGUCACAGAACUCUAUCUGGACGGGAAUCAGUUCACGCUGGUUCCGGGGCAGCUGUCCACCUUCAAGUACCUGCAGCUCGUGGACCUGAGUAACAACAAGAUCAGUUCCUUAAGCAAUUCCUCCUUCACCAACAUGAGCCAGCUGACCACGCUGAUCCUCAGCUACAACGCCUUGCAGUGCAUCCCUCCUCUGGCCUUCCAGGGGCUCCGCUCCCUGCGCCUGCUGUCCCUCCACGGCAACGACAUCUCCACCCUCCGAGAGGGCAUCUUUGCAGACGUGACCUCGCUGUCUCACCUGGCCAUCGGUGCCAACCCCCUGUACUGUGACUGCCACCUCCGCUGGCUGUCCAGCUGGGUGAAGACAGGCUACAAGGAACCGGGCAUUGCCCGCUGUGCUGGACCCCCAGACAUGGAGGGAAAGCUGCUCCUCACCACACCUGCCAAGAAGUUUGAAUGCCAAG